AUGUCUGGACGCAUCACUCCUUACGCACCCCUUCAUGCCACGCCCAAUGGGCCUGGAGAUCAGAGACCGACCGCUCUCCAAAUCGUCCAAGACGAACACCUCGUUGACAAAUGGGCCGAUAAAGCCAUCUUCAUCACCGGCGCCAACCAGGGCCUUGGCCUCGAGACCGCUCGCGCACUGCACGCAACCGGCGCAACCCUCUACCUUGGCGUACGCACCCUCGCCAAAGGCGAAACCGCCCGCUCCUCCAUCCUCGCCACUUCGCCCAGCCAAACCCUAAUCCACCUAGUCCAACUCUCCCUCGACUCGCUCGACUCCGUCCGCGCCGCCGCCGCCGCCUUCCUGUCACAGUCACCCACCCUCAACAUCCUCAUCAACAACGCCGGCAUCAUGGCCUGCCCGCAGCACUCCCUCACCGCCGACGGCCACGAAUCGCAGUUCGGCACCAACCACCUCGGCCACUUCUUGCUGACCUCCCUCCUCAUGCCCGCCCUCAUCGCAGGAUCAUCGCCGGGAUUCGCCAGCCGCGUCGUCAACCUCUCGUCCGCCGGCCACAAGGCGCACGGUGGCGCCUCCGCCUCCGCCUCCCCGCUCGACCUGUCCGACCUAUCCUUUUCGCGUCGCGCCUACCAUCCCUGGCGCGCGUACGGCGCCGCCAAGACGGCCAACGUCCUGCACGCGAACCGCGUCGACGCGCUGUACGGAACCGCCAACGUCGCCGCUGGAUCACAUGGAAAGCCCGUCCACGCGUUCAGCGUCAAUCCCGGCGGCAUCUUCACGGCGCUGUUCAAGUAUGUGAGCGACGAGGAGAAGAAGCGGUAUCAGGCCUAUCGGCAGAUAUUCAAGAGCCCGGAGCAGGGCGCCGCGACGACGGUGUGGUGCGCGACGGCGGCGGUGCUGGAGGGGAAGGGCGGGUUUUAUUGUGAGAAUUGUGGGGAGGCGGAGCCAGGGGAAGUGGAUGGGGCCACCGGGGGGUGGAAGAGGCUGGAUAUCACGUAUGCGCCGUGGGUGAGGGGGGACGUGGAGGCGGAAGAGCGGCUUUGGAAGGUUAGUGAGGAGCUUGUUGGGCUAGUGCGGGAAUGA